AUGCACCCGUACCAAAGUGCACUCCGUUACUCGAUGCUAUGGCCAAGCAGCAUCUUCAAGCCUGCUUCGCCCGUCAUGUCCACUGCAGCAAUCCUCAACAGCAGCGCACAAAGAAAGGUCCGCACCUCUAGCCGACCAUAUCAGCUGGUCCGUCACAGCAACCUCGGGUACAACGUGGCCCAAUCCAGCAGGACUCGCCAUGGUCAAGAAGAGCGAGCCAGAUGGCCACAAAGCCACUGGCCUCUGUCUCUGCCAGUCUCGGCUGAGAAGAGGCCCAGGCUCGCCCCACCCAACCUAUUGGGCAAGCCAGACUCGCCAGGCCAUGGCAAUCCCAUCGAGCCCAUCAAACCCGUCAAGUGA